AUGAAUAAUAAAGAGGACAUGCAGCCAACAAUGUCAAACUCAAAGUACAAGAACUUUGUGUCUUCAAAAAAUGACACUGGGCAAAACAUACAGCCACUAAUGAAGACACCAACGUCUGAACUGGUUUUAGGUCUAUCAAAAGCUCCUAAUAUGAAGUUGGGACAGAGAAUGCUGAAUAAAAUGGGUUGGUCAGGAGGUGGUCUUGGAAAAUCAGGGGAGGGCAUAGUUGAGCCUAUUGCGCCCAAUACCACAUAUGCAUCUCGCAAAUUGGGUUUUGGUCUAAACAGUUCUACGAGUACAGAAGACAAAGUGCAGACCACAGAUAUGGUGUCAAUUACACCAUCUGCGAAAAACACACAAAUGGCACGGACUAAACGAAAUCAAAAAAAGAAACACAUCUGUCCACCACAAAGACAGUACUACAAACCAGAAGUAAGGAGCCUCAAGCCUUUUAAGACAUACGCGUUACAAACCCUAUUGGAUUUUGUAAGAAAUGAUAGUCAAGUGGAGUUCUUCUUUGAUACAAGGUUGACAAAUGCACACAGGAAAUGUGUUCACACUCUUGUUCAAGAUAUAGAGAAUGACGAUUACAUCGGUGAUGUUGAUAAUCCAGAGCAGAUGGAUCUUAUACAGAAUAUACUUGAGUUUAAGGCUUACGAGUUGUACACACAGAGUUUUGGACAAAAACCGGACAGACAGAUUGGUAUAUUCAAAGAUGCUCCAGCCCAUGUCUUCUUAGUAGUACCGGAAGAUUUGCGGAAAAACAAUGAUAAACUUUAUAACGAUACAGAACUUGAAAAAGACGUUGGAAAAGUGCUAGAAAAUUCUAAAUACGUCGCAACUGAAAUAAGAGAUAUUACAGCUAAAACAAAUGAAGAUGACGUAAAUAGCAUAAAUAAUAGUAAUGUCGUGCUGAGUUCUGCGAAUGAAAAUGUCGAACAACGAUCGCACACUAAAAACGACAUGAAAUCAACGCCUAUAGAAAAUGAACAAAUAAGUGAAAAUAAUACAUGUAAAAUUAAAAAAACAAAUGUUAUAUCACAUGUAGCAGAUAGCAAUUUCAAACCUCCCAAAGUCAAUGCCAAAGUAAGAGAUGAUGAAAACGUAAAUGAACUUAGAAAAAAACCAAAUUACGUAAAUAAUACUUUGGAAUUAGAGAAAUUCUACAUAAAUGAGUUUUUUGCCAAUUCAGAAGAAAGCACGACAACAGUAGGCCAAGUUUUAGAAAAAGUUGUCGAUUUUUUUACAGAAUUCGCAAACGAUGAUAGCUAUACAGAGUUUCGAUUCCUCGGCUUGUUUAAUAAUACAGAGUACAAUGCGCUGGUGGAUUUCUUUAAUCUUUGCAUAAAUAACGAAGGCGUGUGGGAUGGAGUGGUGGAUAAACUGAGGGCCGCGUUGGAUAACGAUGCGUUUUAUUUCAACUUGCAGGAUAACUGUAAUGGAAGUACUGUAAUCUACAAAGAGAAGAAGCAAGAUUGA